GCGGGUCCACCGGCGGAAGCAGUAAGACUGCUGUGUGAGAGCAGGAAACACCGUUCUGACACAGGAGCCGGGUAUCUCGGUUGGGCUUAACGAAACAAUACCCACUGCUAUGGCUGUCGGGGCUGUGAAUCUGCGCUGCUUAUGCUGUUUACUGCUUUAUUUCACGGCGACAGCCUUUGCGGGGCGUGAUUUCUACAAAAUCCUGGGUGUGAAGAAGUCAGCAUCAGUUAAGGAUAUCAAGAAGGCCUACAGGAAACUAGCUUUGCAGCUUCACCCGGACAGAAACAGGGAUGACCCUUCGGCUCAGGACAAGUUUGCGGACCUCGGGGCGGCAUAUGAGGUUCUCACGGACGAAGAGAAAAGGAAGCAGUACGAUGCCUAUGGAGAAGAAGGUUUGAAGGAGGGUCAUCAUCACAGCUCGCACGGAGAUAUAUUUUCCAGCUUCUUUGGUGACUUUGGGUUUUUUGGUGAAAAUCAGCGGCAGCAGGACCGGAACGUCCCCCGAGGAAACGACAUCGUGCUGGACCUCGAGGUGACGCUUGAAGAAGUCUACUCGGGCAACUUUGUGGAAGUUGUGCGUAACAAGCCUGUAGCCAAAGAGGCCCCAGGGAAGAGGAAAUGCAACUGUAGACAGGAAACGAGAACCACUCAGCUGGGACCUGGACGCUUCCAGAUGACCCAGGAAGUCGUCUGCGACGAGUGUCCCAAUGUGAAGAUGGUAAAUGAGGAAAGAACAUUGGAGGUGGAGAUUGAGCAAGGUGUGCGGGAUGAUAUGGAAUAUCCCUUUAUUGGAGAAGGUGAACCGCACAUCGAUGGAGAACCAGGAGACCUCCGCUUCCGCAUUAAAGUGAUGAAGCACCCGGUGUUCGAAAGGCGAGGAGAUGACCUUUACACUAACGUUACAAUCUCCCUCCUGGAGGCUCUGAUGGGCUUUGAGAUGGAUAUCGCUCACUUAGACGGACAUAAGGUUCACAUUGCGAGGGACAGGAUCACCAAACCUGGAGCCAAGCUUUGGAAGAAAGGCGAAGGGCUGCCCAACUUCGACAACAACAACAUCCGUGGUUCCCUGAUUGUCACCUUUGACGUGGAGUUCCCCCGGGAGCAGUUUGACGAGCCGCAGAAAGCAGGCAUACGGCAGCUGCUGAGGCAAGCUUCAGUACAGAGGGUGUAUAACGGACUGCAGGGGUACUGAAGAUCCAGCUCCCCCGAACUGUUCCCUCACGCAAACACAGGAGCCAGCCUCCAUGUGUGGAUCUAUUUAUUUUUAAGACUGUACUCAGGAUGGCUGGAUUUGUAUGUCCUCUCUUCAUUUUUAAUAAUGUGGGCCUCUUGUUCAGUUUUUUAAUAGUACCAGUGCCUCUGUCAUGAUUGUUUUUGGUAAGGAUCAUCGUUAGAUUUUUAUUUAAUGUUUUUACUUGUUUUUCUUUGACACAUACCCCUUGAUUUCUGUCUGAUGAGAUUGGGCCUAUGAGCUGUCAGUUAUGCAGCUUCCACUGGUACAAACAGACAAGGUUGCAUUUUAAAUGAGCACGGGUGUCCUGCACUUGCGCCCUGUGACCUGUGUGGGUCUUUUUGAAAUGUCUCCCAUUGUAAUCUUUUAAUUUAUUCCAACAACGAAGUAUGCUUGUGCCUGAUGAUCGCCACCAGGGCAGUGCGCUGUUUGCACCUGUGUAAAACAUGCCAGCAGACAGGAAAUAUUAAAGAUCAUAAGAGGAUUAAAAGGUUUUUCUUACCGC